CAGUAGUUGUGUUUGACAGUUCAACAGCUGAACUCAUCUAAACAACAAAUUCAGCAAAGAUUUCUAUAAUUCUUUAAAAAUUAAAGGAUUUAAUUUUCUGGUUCUAAUAACCAACAAAAAUAUCAGCUAAGCCGCUAUGGUUAUAACCAAUGAUGUAGUAAUUCCACCUGACGAAGAGUUGACAGUGCAGGAACUUAAUUUAUCAACUCCUGCUUUGAAAGCUGGCGCAUUUCAUUUGGGAAAAGAAUGUGAACACCAUAAUCUUGAAUUUAUGCUAUGCAGGAACGAGUUGGAUGAUCCACGCGCCUGCUUAAAUGAGGGAAAAGCAGUAACGAGUUGUGCAUUGGAUUUCUUUCGUAAAGUGAAAAAAUCGUGCUCCGAAGAGUUUGCACAGUACGCGAACUGUUUGGACAAGAGCAGCGGUAUAAUGGGAUAUGAGCACUGCCGCAAGACUCAGGGUGUAUUUGACAAGUGCAUGUUAGACAAUUUGGGUAUUGAACGCCCUGAAUAUGGCUACUUUGCUCGUGCAAAGAUACAUGCAACAGAACGACCGGCACCUCCUAAACCAGAAAAGAAAGUAUAUGCUGAUGCCACUCCUGGUUUACCAGAUGAUUAUCCUAGAACAGCAGCAAAAUAUGGAUCACGUUUCCAUUGGUUGGAAUAAAACCAUAAUAGAAAUAGAAAAAUUUAAUAUCGAAAUUGCUUUUAUUUGGAAUUAAAUUGCCAAUACAAUUAAUACCUGCAAGUGAAGAGCGUUAAUAAAUUUUAAAUCUAAGGAUA